AUAGAAUGAUGUUUCUAUCGUCAUAUAAAUGUUUUAGAGUAGCUGCAAACUGAGCUUUUGAUAGGAAACAUACUUUUAAAGACAUAGAUGGCAUUCAGAUACAACAAAAAUGUAGACAUUUUUCUAGUAUUCUAUAAUCUAUUUCUUUUUCAUUUGUUUAACCUUGCCGACUUGACUACUCAGAACGUAUAACGAUGGCUUAUGAUUAUUUUGGCCAAACCUUUUUUUAUUCGCACGCUUGCAUCAGAUUUGGGCUUCCGAGAGGAUGCCAUCCAUACAAUUAAUUAAGCAUGGACUUACCUUUUGUUUCACUGUAGAACCCUCCACAAAGCUACGGAGGCCGAUAGAAGAUAGCGUUACCUUAGUAUUUCAUUUAUGCAUCCGUCAUUGAUUGAGUGGGGAAAAUUUAAGCCCUCGUAUUGGAUUACGUUGAGUAGUCUCUUGUUAUUCAACGUGGAAUAUUGAUACCCCACUCCCAAAAACCACCCCCUCCCCUGAAUGGUUUCGGCUAACAGUCAUUAUUCUCCCGAGACCAAGGUUAGGUAGUGUACUAACAGUUAACGUUGUUGCUAGAGCACGAAUAAUAAGUCUUGAACCAUGGGGCCGAUUUUUACAGCAUUGUUAGGGAAGAUUGUCAUCAUUUUAGGUUUCCUAGCCACAAGCACAGAGUCUGUAGUUUCCAUCCCGAGUAGAGUUCAUGUUGAGCCGGUGUCGUCUGAAGCCGUCAGAGUAGACUGGACAAUGGCGGAAUCAUUGACACAGGAGGAAAUAAAAUCAUACGUCAUCUACUACAAGUCGUCGAGUCUAGCCUCAGAAGAGACGAGCGUUGUGAUUGGUUCCCGGCGGGAACAGUGGUACACAAUCACCGGACUGGAGCCGUUCACAGAUUACACUUUUUGUGUGGCUGUCGUCACAGAUGUGAUGGAGUUCAACAGAAGCGCCCCCGUGCGGACAAGAACAAGGGAAGCAGAUCCACUGGCUCCGAGAAACGUUAUCAUAUGGACGAUGUCUUCGCGACAAUUACGCAUGACGUGGGAGGAGCCCACACGAUGGAACGGCCCAGUGGGUGGUUACGUCAUCAGUUUGAAGCAAGUCGUCAUCACAGGAGGGAUGACGUCAUUGGCAACAGUCAGGGUAUCGAACCACACCCUCAACAGUCACGUGUUUGGAAACCUCCAACCAGACACAAGAUACGAAAUUUAUAUACGGUCUCACAACGGAGUUCACUACAGCAGUCCUGUUCGGGUCAGGGCUUCUACAUUGAAGACUGAAAACGCAGAUAUAAGGAGACUAUAUGAUCCAACGAAAUACUCUCUAUCAUCAGAACACUACGAUUUUGGAGCAGACAAAGUUGCCGUAUUGGUUCUUCUGCCAGUCGCAGCCUUGUUCACCUUUGGCAUAGUUUCCCUUGCAUAUUUCAGGAACAAACAACAACAAGAGGACACACCGGAAGUGGCGUGCUGACAAGACAAGACAAGACAAGACAAUUGCAAUAUACGACGUUCGUUUUGAUGUGGCUUAUAACUAGAAAUCGUUGGCUUCGCUCUGAGUACCCAGGCCUAGUACUUUUUUGAACGAUUUGUACAAAUUAUGAAAACAUUUUUAUUUGCUACAUGCAUAUACAAAUUAUUC